GAUGAAUACGUGUAGCUCACCAACUAGCGGCAGCUAGCUUGUCAGUCGAGACAGCUAGUACAUAUUGACUGUCACAAGGAUAGCUUUUCUUUACGUGUAUACAGCAAAGAAGCGAACGUACAUUCAUUGAACAUUUGAAAACGCUACGGACUGAUCCGUUGUUGAAGUUAAUAUGCUGUAACAGAAUGGAAUUACCAGAAACAACUUGUUUGGAGUGGUACUGCAUAAGGACGCAGUUCUGUUUCAGCCUUCAGAACAAGGAGCCAUAAACGUCCAUGUGUCGCAGGAAGUCCCUUACUCUCCAGAAACUGCAAAUUGCACCAAAAAAGAGACACUCAAAGGACAGACAUGUUUGCCAAGUUGAAGAAGAAGAUUGCAGAGGAGGCGGCCACAGCACCUCGGAGUGGUGUUCGGAUACCGCGCACCAUCAGCAAGGAAUCCAUCACCUCAGUAGGGGCCGACUCAGGGGAUGACUUUGCAUCUGAUGGCAGCAGCUCCAGGGACGACCUGCCUGCACAGCUUCUCAGGAGGAAUGAUCAGAUCCGCAAGCUGGAGGCCAAGCUAUCAGACUACGCUGAGCAGCUACGAAUUAUGCAGAAGACCAAGGACAAGCUUGAAAUUGCAUUAGAAAUGCAACAGGAUUUUUCCAUAAAGAAACUUCAAGACCAGAACGAGACUCACCAGACCAGCAGAGCCAAAAUGGCAGAGGGGAUGGCUCUAGCUCUGGAGAAGAAGGAUGAGGAAUGGAUUGAGAAGAUGACUGAUUUGGAAAAGGAGAAAGCUGCCCUGUCAGCCCGGCUAGAGGAGAUGAUGGAGCAAAGCUUAGCACUCUUCCAGAAAAGGGAUGACCUGGAUGAACUGGAGGGCUUUCAGCAGCAGGAGCUCGCUAAAGUUAAACACAUGUUGCUGAAGAAGGAGGAGCAGCUGAGCCGGAAGGACCAGGAGCUCCAGCAAAAGGAGGCUGAAGUUCAGUCAGCAAAGCGAGGGCUGUCUGAGGUCAGAGGGAAACUCCAGACUCUGGAACAGCAGCACGAAGAGAGCUGCACAAUCAACACUGAGCUGGAAAUCGAGCGAGAGGAGCUGCUGCUGCUCAGAGAGGAGGCGGAGCAGAAGUUGAGUGAGCUGCAGGCCGUCCUCCAGCGGGUCUCUGAAGACUUCCACAAGUCACAGGGUAUGGUGUCGACUUUAGAGAGGUCCCUCCAUGAACUGCAGACUGAACAUGACGCCCUGAAGUUGCAACAACAGAAGGCUGCUGUUACAGAGGAGGACAAGGAGCGCUUGUUAGCGGACCUUCAGAAGAAAGUGACGUCUCUGGAGAGGCGGCUCCAGGGGAACCUGAGCCAGGACGAGCAUCUGCAGGAGUUUCUCAAGGAGAAGUGUGGCCUUGAGCAAAAUCUGGAGGAGACGAGAGCAGAGCUGCUGUUGGUUCGGACAAACCACGCUGAUACUGUGAGCGCUCUGGAGACACAGGUUUCCAAACUGAACGGCAACAUCACUGAGCUGCAGACCCUUCUCCGGCACAAGGACGACUCCUCCAGAGCCUACAGAGACAGAACAGACACACAAAUCGCUGAUUUGGAGCAGAAGGUGGUGGAGAGUAGUGACAGACUGAGGAGUGCAGAGCAUCAGAUCACAGAGAAACAGCAACACAUGGAGAAACUGCAGGGAGAGUGUAAUGCAGAGAAGGCCUUUCUGGAUCAGCAGGUGUGUUUGCUGCAGCAGCAGAGCGAGGAGAAGGCCAGCCGCCUGCAGCAGAGCAUCAGCUCCCUGCAGACUGACAGACAGCUGCUGCACCACCGACUGGCUGACCUGGACAGUCAGAGGGACGAGGCCACUUCCAGCCUGAGCCAGCGGACUGAGGAGCUGGAACAGUGCAGGGCGGAGCUGAACAGUCGGCAGACGGUGAGCACAGAAAUCGCAAAAGCUCUAGAAGAAAGCAGAAGACAGAAGGAGGAGCUGCAAACACAGGUUGGAGAGCUGACUGCAUCCCUGCAAAGCUCUCUGCAGCAGGUGUUCACUGUCAAUAAGAAGCUAUCACUGAAAGAAGAAGACAUCGAAACGCUUCAGAGUGAGGUGCAGUGCCGGCAGGCCUCCCUGGAGCAGCUGCAGGCGGAGGUGGAGCAGCAGUUGGCGCAGGUGGAGCUGGACAAAGACUCCCAGCUCAGCAGCCUGAGGGAGGAGCUGCUCAGCCAGACUCAGCAGCUCGAUACCUGCCAAGCUCGGAUCUCGUUCUUGGAGGUGGAGGUGGAAACGUUGACAGAGCAGCUCCACAGCCCCGAGGUGUGUGAGGAGGAUCAGAAUGGCAGUGUGACGGUGGAUGACCUAGAUCACAUCCACAAGGUCAACAGAGACCUGGAGCAGCAGCUCACUGACAAGAACAGGACCAUCAAGCAGCUGCAGCAGAGACUGGCAGAACUGAAGAGGACGCUGCAGAAGGAACUGAAGCUUAAGCCUGAACCAGAAGCCGAAGGGAAGGAGAAGUUUCCAGAAAGCCGGGCAGAAAAAACAGAGAGGGUUUAUCCAGAGCCGCCACCAGCAUCCACGCUUAGCCCCCCCACCUCCAACACCACGGUGACCAACACCUCAGACCUCAACGACUCACGAGAAAUCAACUUUGAGUAUCUCAAACACGUCGUACUCAAAUUUAUGUCAUGUAGAGAGGCUGAGGCAUUCCAGUUGAUACGCGCUGUGUCUGUGCUGCUGAACUUCUCUCGUGAGGAAGAGGACAUGUUGAAACAAACUCUGGAGUACAAGAUGUCCUGGUUUGGAUCAAAGCCUUCUCCGAAGGGUGCCAUCCGGCCUUCAAUCUCAGGCUCUUCAACUAACUGGAGCUGAGUAGCAGCAGCAAGAAUUCAAGCUGUGGAGAGAAAGGAACCGAAGGAGGGAAAAAUCUUUCUGCUCGGGCUCCCAUCACUGAGCAGGCUCUAGCUUUAAACUCUGAACAGCCUCUCUAGGUUUUCUGGCUCUGUGAGGGAAGGACUGUUCAUCUGCUCCGGUGGGACAGAGAAGGGCUGCACAGGAUGUUCUUAAUCAAUUGUUGAUUUUUAAAUGACAUUAUUUCCUUCUCAUUGGUUGGGGCCAAUGGACCUGUGGCCAUAUGUUACAGAGAGUAAACUGACACACAUCACUCGUACUGUGGUUUAGGUGUCUACAUGAAGUCUGAUUUCUCUUCUGUGACAAACAUCACAGUGAGUUAGCAUGUCAGGACGUGAGAGAGUUUUAGAAGACGUGACAGACGGACUUGACAGUUAUCUUAGAUCAUUUCUACAAUGAUUCACACGACAGUCACAUCUGUUUGUCAGAACAGAAGAACAUUGUGACUUCUUUACUGGACGAGUGGUGCAGCAUUCAUUGCUAACGGUCACAUGGUUAUUCUUUCAGUAUAAAUCACAGAGGGCUUCUCAAUGAGUGUGUCAUUAAACGAUGGGACAGGUUACCCAAGCUGGUUUCAGUACCAGUGAGUUUAUUUAAUAAUACCUGCCAAAUUGACAAAUAGUUCACAUUUCUGUCAAAGGAUCUAAAUGUAUCUACAUUUAGAGAUUGAGGCCCCUCUGCCGAUUGUUUUUCAUCAAAUUGUCAUCACACAUUUUCCUUGCUUGAAAAGUGUACAUCAUUUGAUAUAUUCAUUAUAGAAUUGAAAGGAAUGUGUGCAUCUAUGGUCUGAUGGAAAAGGUAUACAAUUCUUAAAAGACUACUUUACAACUUUAAAAAAAAAAAAACAGGGAAUCCAGACUAUCUGUUCAAUGGCACACCACAUUUUUCCAAAUGUUCUAACACUGACAUGUUUACCAAUUUGUGAUAGAGGAUUAAUUACGAUUAACAGUUUUUUUAAUCACUUCAAAAGUAAGUUGGGCAUUUAAUGAAACUUCCUUGCUCUAAUUUCUCUGUAAAAGCACACUUGCUUCUUAAUUCUUUACACUGUCAUUGGAAUCAUUUUUACAAGAUGGUAGACUGGUACUGGUUCUUCAGUCUUAUACCAGGAUAACAGCAUAGUACAUACAGCGCCUACUAAUCUGUUAACAAAACUGUCAUCAUGCCCUAGCCACACGGAGACGAAACGGAUCGUAUCCGCUACAGUUCUCUUAUCAUAUAGACGGUUCGGCCACACGAGGCCGACAGGGAAACGCAGAUAACGAUAACGAUAACGAUAACGGGUCCCAUGGUGGGUAGAUCUGAGG